AUGGCUCUAAAGAUAGUAGAGGAAGCACAUGAUUUAAUGAAGAAGGAGCAAAAAAAGACACUCACCGCUAGAAAUAUCCAAUACGCUUGCAGAAUUGCUAUAAAUGGGCAACUUGGAAUGCACUCUAUUGUACAAGGGAUGUAUGCAGUCUCUCAAGAAGAAGAAGAAGAUAAACGUAUGUUUCCAGAAGAUAUUCAAACCGUCAUGACAAUCACUCCAGUCCACAUCAAACUUGCUUUAUCGUUGGACGAGGAAUUAUUUGGUUUGCUUCCAAGUUCAACUGUGAUUGCUGGUGUUGGUAACCUGCGUUUUGUUGAUCAACCUGUAAAUGAUUUAAAUGAACAAGAAAAACAAGAGGAUCAAAAAGAAGAAGAAGAUUAUGAUGAUGAAGAGGAAGAUGAAGAGGAGGAGGAAGAGGAGGAAGAAAACAAAAAUUUUCAACCUCAAUCAAAAAAUAAUAGUAAUAAUAUUAAUAAUAAUAAUAAUAAUAAUAAUAAUAAUAAUAAUAAUAAUAAUAAUAAUAAUAAUAAUAAUAAUAGUGGUAAUAAUAAUAAUAUUUAUAAUAAUAAUAAUAAUAAUAAUGUUAUAUUUAAAUGUAAUGGUCCAACUGAACACCCAUUAAAAGUUUGGUGUCAACAAGAAUUUGAUGAAUGUUAUUUUUAUUUAGAGGAACCAAUCUCUAGAUCAAAGAUUGCAGCAUUUGACAUGGACGAUACUCUUAUCAGAACAAAGUCUGGUGCCAAGUUUGCUCAAUCACAAUCGGACUGGCUUUUCUGGGAUGAUAAAGUUCCAUCAAAGAUUGCUGAAUACUAUAGACUUGGAUACCAAAUUGUAAUUGUUACAAAUCAAGGUGGUAUUGGAAUACACGGCAAACACGAUCAUACCAAAUUCUCUCAAGUCAGUGGAAAGAUUCAAGACCUAUUUAGAAUUUGGAAUAUGCCAUGUAUUGCUAUCAUGGCAUGUGAUGUCGAUGGUUUGUGGCGUAAACCAAGUAAAUUAAUGUGGAACUUCCUCGUUGAAGAGUGUACAGAUGGUUCUGUAUCUAUCAACAGUAAAGAUUGUAUAUAUGUUGGUGAUGCUGCUGGAAGACCAGACAAUUGGAAAUCAGGAAAGAAAAAAAAUUUUGCAUCAUCAGAUCUUGGAUUCGCACUUUCAUCUGGCAUUGCAUUCAAAACUCCAGAAGAAUUCUUUUUAGAUGAACCUCCUUUUGUGUUUGAUCAGACAGUAGGUGCAAAUGGAAUCAUUUCAAGUGACAAGAUACCAAAGGUAGCUACAACAGGUGAUAUUAUCCAAGGUGGUGCUAAUAUCAUUCCACCAUUUCAACGUCAAGAGCUUGUUAUUAUGGUUGGUCUUCCAGCAUCUGGAAAGAGUACAUUUACAGAGACUCAUUUUGUUCCAGCUGGCUAUAGUCGUGUAAAUAGAGAUACUCUAAAGACAAAAGAAGCUUGUUAUAAGGCUUGUCAAUUUGCAUUGGAUCAAGGUAAAUCAGUUGUAAUAGAUAAUACCAAUCCAUCAAAAGAAGAUAGAAAAGUAUUCAUAGAUAUGGCUAAAAAAUUGGGAAUACCAAUUAGAUGUUUUAGAAUGAAUACACCACUCGAUUUGGCACAACAUUUAAAUUACUUUAGAGAAAGAAAACAAGGUGUCAAACAUGUUCCAAAUAUUGGAUACAAUAUGUUUAACAAAUAUUUACAAGAACCUCAAUUGAAUGAAGGAAUCGAUGAAAUCAAUCAUGUCAAUUUCAUUCUCAAUAUCAAUCCAAAUGAUGUCAGUGAUUGGAACAUUCCAAAACCCAAAUAA